GCGCACAACUUUCAGCACUCGGCACCGCAGCAACAACGUCAGCAGCAGCAGCCAAGCAGCAGCGUCGCCGCCGUCGUCGUUGUCGUCGUCGUUGUCCAUGUUGUCGACGUUGUUCAAAUCCUAAAAUCGGGUGUGUGCGCGAGCAGAGCAUGUGAAAAUUUCACGACGUUGCGCAGAUACGUUGCGAAUUUAUUUAUAACAAAUUCACGAAAAUUAUGAAAAUCGUCGCUCGAAUGCAAUAUCAACAACAAGCACUCGCAGUAUGUGUGUAAAUAGGCAAAUGAUUAAAUUAGUAGCAACAAGAAGAAAAAAUUAAAAUAAAAGAAAAGAAAUAUAACAAAUACAAAAAAUUGAUUGUGUGAGUGCAUUAAACAACAAGAGCAACUAAGUAUAUAAAUAUGCAAGUGCAAGAGCCAAAAAAGCAGCCACUGCUGCAUGGCGUCUUUUAAGUGGCGACAAAGCAAUUUGUUGUUGCUGUUGCAACAAAAGUGUUAACAACAACAACAACAACAGCAACAAACAUAAACAAGUGAAACAGUACAGAUGUUGUGAAUAUGUUGCAGUGCAAUGCUGUUGCAUUUGAGCAGCCCAGUGAAAACAACAACAACAACCACAACUACUAUAACAAGAGCAGCAAAAGCAACACUUCGACAUCAUUUACAGCAGCAACCACAAUUGAAACAACAUCCAAUUCUGAGCGCAACAACAAGUGUUUAAGCCAAAAGAGUUCGGCAUGAAAUGGAAGCAGCUAUACGCUCCUCUUCAGUGCAGGUCGGUGCUCCGCCGCCCACAAACAACGCCACAAACGGUGGACAACAGCAGCAACAGCAGCAGCAGCAACAACAGCAGCAGCAGCAACAACAACAGCAACAACAACAACAUCAGCAGCAGCAACAUUCGCAGCUUCAACUACAGCAACAGUUUCAUCUUCAUCACCAGCAACAACAACAACAACAUCAGCAGCAGCAGCAGCAGUUGCAGCAACGUGUUGCCAGCAAUCAACAGCAGCAACAGCAGCAGCACAACGCGGCUGCAACAAAUGCUGCGUCGCAUCAAGUGCAUGAUAAUGGACCAACGUCCCAUCAUCUACACCAGCAACAGCAGCAGCAACAUCCUCAAACAACAGCGCCUAAUCAGCAGCAAAACAAAGCAGCACAGCAGCAGCAGCAGCAACAACAAAAACAACAGCAACAGCAACAACAGCAGGCUGCGAAUAUGUCUGCGUAUCAACAACGGCUGUCAGCUGCCAGUGCAUCGCCGAUUCAUAGGACACUCGAGCAGCAGACGCAGCAGUAUGCCAAGAGCCUCGGACACCUGCAACCGCAUCAGCAGCAGCAGCAGCAACAGCAGCAGCAACAACAACAGCAGCAGCAACAGCAACAAAUGCAUCACCACCACCAUCAUCCGCAACAUCCGCCGCCGCAGCAACAGCAACAGCAGCAGCAACAACAGCAGCAGCAACAGCAGCAGCAGCAGCAAUCGUCGCGAUCGGCAGCUAGUCCAUUGUCGCCGCCACGUCCGGGACAGGGAAGUGCGGCGGCAGCAGCGGCUGCGAAUAGCUAUGCCAAGUUUGGCGAUGCACCGCAACGCUUCAUACAGCAGACAUCGUACAGCAUUGCGAUGGCACCGGCGCCCAACUAUCGGGAUCCCUACAUCCGAAUACCGCCGCAGUUGCAGGCAUCCGUACCCGAAUUUCAGCGUACGGCGCGUGCCCCAACGGUUGGCACGGCCACAGCCACAGCUGGUGGCAAGUCGGGUGGACCACCGGGGGGUCCAACGGGCAGCGGAGGUGGAGGCGGGGUUGUCCAAGUGGCCGGCGGCAUGGCACCGCCGACUAGCUCACAAGCUGGCCUUGUCCUCGAUGCCAUAUUCCAGAAUGCCAUCCACCAGCAGCAACAGCAACAGCAACAACAGCAGCAACAGCAGCCGCAGCCAGGUGGACCGCAGAGCAGCAGCAAUGCAACGGCAAGUCAGCAACAACAGCAGCAGCAGCAGCAACAACAAGCUGGCAAUGCAGCUCCCGGUGGCAGCAUCGUUGUUGGAGGACAGCGCAUCAUCUUGCCGCAGUACACCACCGAAUACCUGACCAACGCUGUACGCAUACAGCAGCAACAACAGCAACAGCAGCAGCAGCAACAUCAGGCAUCGCAACAAGAGCCGCCUGGCAGCGUUGGGCAGCCGUAUAAGAAGCAGCGCCUGAGCGAGGCGAAUGCCAGCAUCCUAAAUCACCUGCCACCACAUCAGCAAUCGCCGCACCAACAGCAGCAGCAGCAGCAACAACAGCAGCAGCAACAGCAACGUUCGUCGCCUGCUCAACUGUUGAAUAGCCGACAGAGCGGACACGAUGCUGUGCUGCAUAUUUCCGCCGCUGCCGCUGCAGCAGCUGCCAUGCAGUCAAUGCAGCUCAAGGUGGAGACGUUGACACCGCAACAGCAGCAACAGCAACAACAACAGCAGCAGCAACACACGUCACAGGCGCAUGCGCCACGCGCUUUGGUGGCACCGCCAACAACGGCAACAACUGCCAUUGGCAGCCAACAGCAGCAGCAGCAGCAGCAACUGAUCAGCUCAGUCUCUGUCUCCACGGCGCCAAUGAACAGCAGCAACAUUGUCGGCUCAAUGGCAACAGCAGCCAGCUCCGAGGCAUACCAUCCACAGGUGGAGGCCAUUUCGCCCACGCUGCCCAGCGACAAUGCCGAUGAUCGAGGUCGCAGCAACAGCAGCAGCAGCAACAAUAAUAACAACAACAGCAGCAGCAGCAACCUUAGCAGCAGCAACAACAACAGCAGCGCCAAAGAGGAGCUGCUGAUGCAGAUACAAAAGGUGGACAAUGAGAUCAAGAGCGCAGAGACAGCAAUGGAAGCGUUGCGCAAAAUGGAAAAGUCUUUGAUGGACGAGGCAGCUGCCACAGCGGCGGUGGCCAAGCAACAGAAAGCGGCAGCCGAACAGGCGGCCGCCGAGAGUGGCACUGAGAUUAUGGAGCUGGCGUGGCGCACACAAAUGCUGGCGCAAAGCAUCUACGAGGUGAACCGCAAAACGGCCGCCGCACAACAUUCCGAGGUCAGUCGAGCCGGUGGCGCCGAACGUGCGCGCCCUUGGCUGCCCGUUUACAAUCAACCGCUCGAUGUGGAGGCGCUGACGCAUCUGAUUAAACGCCAUCAGACGCUGGUCCGCAAUCCGUUGCUGUUGCACAUACGCAAACUGAAGGCCGAACGCUGGGAGCACAAUCAGGGCCUGGUCGAGAAGUACACCAAGGAUCAGGCCGAUUGGCAGCGUCGUUGUGAACGCGCCGAGGGCAGCGCGAAGCGAAAGGCACGCGAGGCCAAGAACCGUGAGUUCUUCGAGAAGGUGUUCACGGAGUUGCGGAAACAGCGCGAGGAUAAGGAGCGCUUCAAUCGCGUGGGAUCGCGCAUCAAAUCGGAGGCGGAUCUCGAGGAGAUCAUGGACGGACUGCAGGAGCAGGCGCUCGAGGAUAAGAAGAUGCGUUCGUAUGCCGUGAUACCGCCGCUGAUGCACGAUGCCCGGCAACGGCGUUGCGCCUAUCACAAUGAGAACGGACGGAUCGAGAAUAUGGUGGCGGUGCAUGAGGAGCGCAAAGCGCUCAAUCUGUGGACGGCCGGUGAGAAGGAGACGUUCAAGGAGAAAUAUCUGCAGCAUCCGAAGAAUUUCGGUGCGAUUGCGGCCAGCCUCGACCGCAAAUCGCCGCAGGACUGCGUUCGCUAUUACUACCUCAGCAAAAAGACCGAGAACUACAAGCAGCUGUUGCGCAAAUCGCGACAACGCACGCGCAGCAGCCGCAAUCCGGCCAAGGCCCAGGCCGCUCAGCCCCAAUGCAUCAUCGACUCCCUCACAACGGGCGUCACCACCCGCCUGCAGCGUGAACAGCAACAGAAGUCCGGCAAUCGCACCGGUGCCGUCGCCGAGCGUGAACGCGAACGUGCUGCUGAGAAGGCAGCAGCCGAUGCUGCCAAGGCGGCUGAAUGCGCUGCUGAGAAGGCGAGUGCUGUUAGCAAGGCGGCCGAAGUGGCUGCUGGCAAUGAGAAGGCUAAGAGUGUGGCUGCUGCCAUGGCAGCGGUGGCAGCUGCUGCUGCAGCAGCCGAAGCGGCAGCCACAACUGCAGCAGCAGCCACGGUUACUGCCACCGGAGCAACCACAACGGCGGCAGCAACCACAACGGCAACAGUAACGGCAGCAAGUGUUGCUGAUAAAACGAGCAAAGCGGCAACAGUGGAUAAGAGUGCAACAGCAACAGGAGCAACUGGAGCAGCAGCAGCAGCAGCAUCAACAACAGCAACCGCUAAUGAGAUCUCAACGGGCAGCAGCGAAGCCAAAACCAAAGCCACUGACGAGGCAGCAACAGCAACAGGCACAGCAGCAACCACAACAACAACAGACGCAACAGCAGCAGCAGCAGCCACCUCCACAGUCAGCACAGCGACAGCAGCAGCAACAACAACCACAACGACAGCAGCGGCUGCGGCUGCAGCGAGUGGAGCGUCCAAAGCGUCCAAGUCACAAGAUGCCACUGGCGAGGCAGCAGCAGCAGCUGCUGCAGCUGGUGGCAAGGUGGUUGGCGAGGCGCACGUGGAAACGGAUGAUCCGCUGGCCAAGUGCAAAGCAACGGCCGUCAAUGCCGAUAGCUACAAUGCAACUGUUGCCGCCUCCUCAGCAACGGGAGGAGCAACAGCAACCAGCGCUGCUGCGUCGUCCACAUCGACGCCCGCUGUUAGCGUGGCGCUGAAUGGCUUCAAGCCCGGCUAUCAGAGCGUUGUGAUGAGCAACGUGAAGGCGCCCACGCCCUCAGCCAGCAUUGAUGAUGCCAAUGCAGCGUUGGCUGGUGAUAAAAUCGUGAAAGCAGCAACCGCAGCAGCAGCCACCGGAGCUGGAGGUGCAACUGCUGGCGGAGCUGCAACAGCUGCCACAGGAGCUGGCUUUGCGGUACCGAGUGCGUCGUCGUCAUCGUCGCCACCCACAACGGAACCUGUCAGUGGUGUGGCAACCCUGACAACGGCCACCACGGCCAGCAACUAUCUGGGCCAGAAACUGAAAGCGGCCCAGGUCGAAGGACUUGGCGCCGGCAACGAGCUGCACUCGGAUGCAAGUGAUCCCAAGAAGAAACGCUUUGAACAGACGCCGGGUGGCGGCAGCGAAUCCAACAAUGCAGCAAUCAAUGCCAGCAACAACAACAACAAUAACAACAACAACAGUAGCAACAACAGCAGCGGAAACAAAUUGAACAGCGCCAAGGAAUCGUCAUCGAAUCCAAUCCUGGCGAUUGGCAGCAAAUUUGGUCAACUCGCUCACUCCUCGGCGGGCUCUGGCUCAUCGGUGGUGUUGGUCGGCUCCUCGAUGAUGUCGAUGGACACAACGUCAACGAUAACCACAACAACGUCGGCAACGUCCACGCCGACGCCAACGUUGGUGUUCUCAAAGGAUGGUGACUUGUUGAUCACAUCGGAGGUUCUGGCAUUGGAUGGCAAAGACAAACUGGCCAGCUGCUUUGUGUGCAAAGCGGAGGCGUGUCCGCGAACCCGCCCACUGAAGAAGGGACGUGGCCAACAGUAUGCGAUACCGGACGAAACGAUACCGGCGGGAGCGCGCGUCUGCAACAGCUGUCAAUGCAAAUCGGUGCGGAAUCGUUAUCCCAACUGCCCGCUGCCCACGUGCCCCAAUCCCAAGGAUCGGGCGCAGCGAUUGCGCAACAUUCCGACCAGACUGUUCGAACUGUCGCCGGAUGUGCGCGAUCCAUUGAUGGCCGAGUUCCAGAUACCGCCGCAUGCGACACGCUGCUGUUCCGCCUGCCUGAUGCGCAUACGCCGCAAGCUCGAUCCGCAGCUGAAUCUCACGGAUGAUGAGCGACGACGUGCGGUUGGCGGUGGCGCCGCUGGCGAUGGCAGCGGUGGCGAUGAGACCGAUGUGAGCACCUCCUCCUGCGAUGAGCGUGAACCCGGUGGCUCGGACACCGCUUCCGUCGACAGUCCCGAGAAUCUGCAGCGUCACAAGUCGCAGCUAACCAAGCAGCAGCAGCAGCAAGUGCAGCAACAGCAGCAGCAGCAACAACAGCAACAACAACAACAGCAGCAGCAGCAACAACAGCAACAGCAGCAGCAACAGAUGUCACAGCAACAGUUGCCACAACCGCCGCCAGCACCGCAAAAGCCCCAACCGAUGGUCCGCAGUGUGGCCGAUGCUUCGGGUGCCGCAUUGACUAUAACGCCAACACGGAUGAGCGCCAAGGCGGCGGCCAACGACAACGAGCGUCUGAUGCCGCCAGCGUGCCAGGCGCCCAAGAAGCAAAAGACGAGCGAGGAAUACGAUUCGUCGGCCACGGAGACGGCGGACGAGGAGAACGAGAACUCGCCGGCGAAUCGGCAAAGUCCCAAGGUGAUCUUCAAUGCGGUUUCGCAUGCGCAUCCACACGCUGGUGUCCAUGGACACGGACAUGGUCAUGCACAUGGCAACAAUGUGGCCGGUCUGCAGCCACCGAAUGCGGCAGCAGCAGCACAAGCUGUCGCACUAACCGGACAACAGCAACAGCAGCAACCGAACGGACCGUCGAGCAUGCGACGGGAGGCGGUGAACAAUGUGCAGGAUUGUGUCUACUCGGUGAUCGAGAGACAGUUGAAGCAACAGCAGAAGGGUCCACAGCUGCCUGGUAACAAUCAGCAACAAGGUGGCAAGCAGCAGCAACAGCAACAGCAACAACCACAGCAGCAGCAGCAGCAGCAACACAACAAUAUGGAACGCAAGGAACUGACAAUUGUGCGUGAGUAUCGCCAGGAUGGCAACGCUUUGAUCAAGCAGCAACAGCAACAACCUCCGCCUGGACUGCCGCAUGGCACCUCAGUGCAGAAGCUCAGCUCACGCGCUGUGGUACCGCAGCAACAGAUGCCGCCGACGUCGCUAAACAGCAGCAGCAGCAGCCACAGUCACACACAUGCGCACAGUCACGCGCACGGCGGUCACAGCAACAGCAACAGCAGCAAUGCGAGCAGCAGCAGCGGCGGCAACAACAACAACAGCGCCAGCAACAACAAUGGCGACAAUUUGGCCACGCUAAUUCCGACUGUGGUCAACUCACACUUGGCCAUUGCUGCCGCACAUCAUGUGCACAUGUCGCAUCCGGCAUUGUUACAGCAGCAACAGCAGCAACAACAACAGCAGCAGCAGCAGCAGCAACAACAGUCGAGCGGCGGAGUGGAUAAGGCAACCAUUACGCCAGUGCUGAAGAAGAGCUCCGUGACGCCGACGCCACCCGAAACAAUCAUCUACAAUGUGUCCGGCAGUCAUGUGACACCACAGCAGCAGCAGCAGCAACAACAGCAGCAACAGUCGGCGCCACCGGCAACACACGCGGUGCACGGUCCGCCGCCAUCGCAACGUUUGCCGCCCGCUCCCGAGGAGCCGCAAACUCUUGAUCUGAGCAUCAAGAAGCCGCCACGUGACGGGCAUUCGCCCCAUACCGGACCAGCAGCUGCAGCUGCGGCGGCAGCCGAACGUCAUCACGGUCCGCCAGCAUCGAUGGGCGGUGCCAUCAAGCAUAUUCCACGCUCGGCACCGAUGUAUCGCGGUGAUGCGGUGCAAACGUUGUCCGUGUCGGGACCACCGCCCGCGUCCACGUAUCUCUCGUAUCCGCAGAUGCAUGGCGUCGGUGUUGGCGUCGUGAAGCCAUCGCCAGUGGGCGCUGGCGGUGGUGUACCGCCUGGCUCGUUGUAUGUCCAACCCGUACCUGUACCCCUUGGCCAGGGUCAAUUGACGCGACCCGCGCAACCGCCGCCGGCUCUACCGCAACCGCCAGCGACGCGCGUCUCUAAGUUGCCGCCCAAACUCAGUCCACAGCAGCAGCAGCAGCAGCAACAACAGCAUCUGCCAUCGCCACAGCAGCAGCAGCAGCAACAACAGCAGCAACAGCAAUCGCCGGCAUCGGCAUCGCAGCAUCAGCAGCUGCAGGUGGUCAAGGUAGGUUCGAUAACGCACGGAACGCCCGCGAACAGCGGACAACAGCAGAUAAUUGUGCAUGCGGCGCCCUCGUCGCUGCUCAGUCCCAAAUACGAGAGCCUGGUGCGUCAGACGCCGCCGGGCAGUUGUCCGGAUACGGGCAAACACGGCUCGAUCACGCAGGGCACACCGCUGCACCUGCCGCCGCAUCAUCUGGAGAGCAAACGUCCCUACGAUUUCUACAAGAGCUCACAGCGCCUCAGUCCCGCACAGGCGCCGCCACCGCAGCAAUCAUCGCCACAGGCUCAACCGCCCCAAGGUUAUGGCGUUGCCGUUGGCUCGCCCUAUUCCCGUUCGCCCUAUGGCGGUGUUGUCGAGCAGCCAUUGGUGUUGAGUUCACGUCAGAUUGUCAUCAACGAUUUCAUGACCUCGCAACAGAUGCAGGGACAGCAGCAACGCAAUGUCUCGCGCGGCAGCAGCAGCGCUGGCGGCGGCGCUGGCUCCGGUUCCGACAAGGAGUCUCCAUCGCCCAGGAACAGUGUUAGCGGCGGUUCGGCCGUUUAUGCCGGCUAUGAGAAGGAGCCACAGCCACGCGGACGUGCCGAGUACUCCAGUCGUGCCUCGCCAGCCGAUCAUUCCAACAGCACACCGAGUCCACAUCGCACGCCGCCACCGCAGCGUCAGGGCGUCAUUCAGCGGCACAAUACCGGCUCGAAGCCACCGUCACCUGCAGCACCGCCACCACCUCGCAUGUGUCUGGUCACGCCCUACAACUACUCACCAGCUGGUCACGAUGCGUUGGCCUCGUUUGUGGAUGUGGCUGUGCAGCAACCGCAGCUGCCGGUGCCAUCGCAGAAGGAUGAGAAAUCGGCAGCGUCGCAGUCGACGCCACAACCGCAACCGCCGCCGCCAACACAUGUGCAAGUGUCACAGGCACCGCCGCCACCGGCAGCACAUCAUGAUCUACGCUAUCGCGAUCCCAUUGCGGCCAUACACCAUCAGCAGAUGGCGGCCGCGGUGCAUCAACAGUAUGGGGCGCAAUACUAUCGCCUGAAUGCGCUGCAUCAAAUCGAGCAGGCGAAACGCGAUCAGCGACAGCAGCAGCAGAAUCUGGAACGUGACCGGGAGCUAAUACAGAAUCAGGAGCGCAUGCAGCAUCGCAUCGAACGGCAGCGCGAACAGGAGCGACAGCGACGCGAUCAAGAGAGACGCGAACAGGAGCGUGCCGCUGAUGACAGUCGACGCAUGGAUCGCGAUCGCAUGGAUCGCAUCAUUGCAAACGCUGUGCCGCCUCCAGGGCAUGCACAUGCCUUGGCCCACGGUCAUGGGCACUAUAUGCGUGGCCCAGUGCCAGAGACUUUGCCACCACGCACCAUUCCCGAUCGGGAGCGUGACGCUUACUAUCGUCAGGCACAUGCGCCAAAGCCAUCGGAGGAUGGACAACUGAGCGCACAGAGUCUCAUUGAUGCGAUCAUCAAGCACGAGAUAAGACGCACCGGUGAAAUAGGCAGUCUGCCCCGUGAGAUAACACGUCCCUCCUACUAUCAACGCGAUAUGCGACCAUCGCUGGAGGGCGGCGUCUCGCUGCUGACCGCCGAGAACAAUGGCAAACCGAACUCCAGUUCGCCCAAUGUGAUUAACAUUGAUCUCGAUCAGGAGCAGCGCAUCUCAUCGAAUCCGCAGCAGCAACAAGCACAGUCAGGUGGUGCUCCGCCAGCGGGAUCAAGUCGCUCCGUGCACGGUUCGUUGCGUGGCCAAGGCACGCCCACAUCGCAGGCAAGCGGCGGCGGUGGUCCAUCGCCAUCGCAGCAGCCACCGCAACAGCAGCAGCAACCACAGCAGCAGCAGCAGCAACAGAUCCACACGAAGAGCAUCACAUUGCGUGAGGUGACCGACUCGAUUAUCACCAACAAUUAUGGGCCAAAUCCGCAUAUACGUCCCGCCUUUAUACCCUAUCUGCCGGAUGCCCAGGCGAUCAUAACGCCCGAUCGCUGGAAGCAGAAUCGCCGACAGCAGCAGAAGGCCGAGGAGGCAGCAGCAGCUGCCGCGGCAGCCGAGCGGGCCAAGCAAUCGCCCAUUCAGGUCUCGGACAGCGGACGUGGAGGCGGCAGCAGCGGAGGCGGUGGCGGCGGCGGCGCCAGCAGCAGCGGCAACAACGUCGGACCGCCGAGUGUCGGACGUGCGAACACGCCUGGCGAGGAUGCACGCAACAUCAUCCGCAUGCCACAGGCGGUGAGUCCCCGCAAAUACGAGAUGAUCAUGCAACAGGCGGCAGCUGCCGUUGGCGUUGGCGUCGGCGUUGAUCCCGGCCACUAUUUUCUCAACGCCCCUGGCACUGUUGUCGGUCGCAGUCCGGCACCGGUGGGCGUUGGUCCGCCACCGCCCAGCUCGAGUGAACAGCGUGGCGGCGGCAGCGGUGGCUCGGCUGCUAGCAGCGCUGGCAGUGCUGGUGGCGGCGGCAGCGGUGGCGGUGGCUCGAGUGGAGGAGGCGGAGGCGGUGGCGGAGGCGGCGGUUCGGGAUCCAAUUUCGAUAUCUAUGUGAAGAAUCGCAUUGCGGAGGUGAUGCGCGAUGACUAUGGCAAGAAUCGCAUUGUGGACGCCUCAAUGCGUCCCGAGUUCGAGGAGCAUAUGCAUGCCCAGGCGGCGCAUGCUGCCCACGUUCAUGCCGCCGCCGUUGCCGCCGAGCAGCACAACGAGCAGCAGCAGCAGCUGCGUGCCAAGGAGCAAUCGGGUCCACCGCCCACCCAUGAGAUUAGCGUGUCCCGCAAGACGCCCAAUCAAUACGAGGUCGUCGACAGCGGUCGACGCUCCGCUAGCAGCAGCAGCGGUGGCGGUGGCGUCGGCGUUGGCAGCUCGAACAGCCAUCAUGCCUCGGCGUAUCAUGCAGCGCCGCCGCCAUCGGCGGUCAAUGCGUUUGCAGCCAGCACCUAUGCGUAUCCCUACAGCGCACUGACGGUGCCAAGUGCCGCUGGCGGUUUGCCGCCGCCGCCAACCAUGCCGAUGUCCCUGCAAUCGGGUCCCUCGAGCCAUGUCAGCGCCAAGGCGGCCCAUGUGCUCAGCAAGGUGAAUGCGGCCGCUGCGGCUGCAGCUGGUCUCGUUGUUGGCGCUGCCCCUGGCGCUGGCGGCGGCGUUGGCGGCGUCGGCGUUGGCGGUGUCGGUGUCAGCGGCGGACUUGGCGCCUCGGUUGUUGGCGGCUGUGGUGGACAGCACAAUGCCAGCCUCUCGGCUGCGGUGGCGGCUGUGGCGGCGGCAGCAGCGGCGGCCAGUGAGCCGAAGCCACUGCUGUCAUCGAAGUAUGAUGCGCUUAGCGACGAGGAUUAG